AUUCCCGUCUUGUAGCCGAGGACAUGAAUACGUAUAAGAAAGAUCUCAAAGAAGUGGUGUCGUUUAGAAGUGGGUUUGAUAUUCUUGCCGGAUAAGGUAACGACAUUUUUGACGGUUAGAUGACUGGCAAGUAGCCAAAGUGAUAAAAAUUAGAGACUUGAGUUGUGCUGUCGUGGCCAUGGAGAUUACAAGGACUCUCCUCCCUUCCUCCCCUCGUUCUAAACUCCUCCUCCGCCCUCCUCCGUUAUUCCAUUUUCACGUCUCGCCGUCCAGUUCGUUGACCCCAGAUGUCCUUCAGUCUCAGAGCUCACUGCCCAUUGCCUCUCGCUCUCACUUCCGUAAACCUCUCUCCGCUUCCGAUGGUAGCACUUCCGCAACUAAGGUUGCUGCGGAUGAUGCCUCUCUUGAAGUGAAGAAGAAGGCAAUGGAUGUAUCACCUGAACUCAAAGGAACUACCAUAUUCCUUGUCGGAAUGAAGAGCUCCAUAAAGACCAGUUUGGGAAAUUUCCUUGCCAAUGUGUUACGUUACUAUUACUUUGACAGUGAUCAUUUGGUUGAGGAAGCUGCUGGCACUCUAUCUGCCACCAAAUCUUUAAGGGAGACUGACAAGAGUGGUUUCCAGGAGUCUGAGACUGAAGUGUUGAAACAAUUAUCAUCCAUGGGUCGGUUAGUGGUCUGUGCUGGAGAUGGUGCAACUCAGAGUUCAACAAAUCUGGCUCUUUUAAGACAUGGGAUCACGAUAUGGAUUGAUGUACCUUUAGACAUUGUGGCCAGGGGUAUGGUCGGAGAUCAAAGUCAGCUCUUUGCAUACAAUCUAUCUACUUCGGCAUCUUAUCCAGAGGUUUUGACUCGCCUAAGUACUUCAUAUGAAGAGUUGAGGGUCGGAUAUGCGAUAGCUGAUGCAACCGUAUCUGUUCAGCAAGUAGCUGGUAAGUUGGGAUAUGAUGAGAUCGAUGAUGUAACAACCGAAGACAUGGCAUUGGAGGUUCUGAAGGAGGUAGAGAAAUUGACUAGAGUGAAGAAGAUGAUGGAAGCAGCAGCAAGACCCUUUUAACAGUCCUUAUGAGGCAUAAGGUGGCAAGCAUUUUCACCAUGAGUAACUAAAUUGAGAUUGUGGUCUACGAGGGAAUGAGGGAUGACGUUUAAGGUUAUCACUUGUCAAGUUGUUGAAAUAGAAUACACGAUGAUGUAGCCUGUAAUCUUUGUUCAUGUCACCUGUUGCGUUAGUUACCGAGACAAUAGCAGGCUUAACAAGUGUAGGCCCUAAACAUUAAGGAUGGGGCUUGGCCCGUAUGAGAAUAAGGAGGGCUUUUAUGGACGGUGGGUGGUGCAUAGAAAGGAGCAAAAGGAAUUCAACUCCGGCACGCAAAAGAGAUUAGCUUUUUCAACUCCGGCACGCAAGACAGACGCUAAGAUUGCGACUGAUAAAUCGAUACAUUCAAAUAUAGCAAACAUAAGGAGACACAUAAGAUAAGAGUGAUCAGUGACCAUCAUCGACGACGUCUCACAAGUGAGACAGAACCUUAUAUCGUCGUCAUGUAAAUUAUGUUCCGGUGCUUCAGUGUCCCUCUGCUUUGUUGCCACGUUGAUUGGUUCCCAGUCUCCUGUUGCCACGUUCCAUACCUAUCUGUACUAGUUGGCCAUACCAGAUGAUGAUUUUCUCUCAUUUCGUUUCUGCUUCUAAAAUC